AACUAGACAGUUGACUCCAUCAAAAGUCAGCACCUAGACAGAUUUACCAGGCAACAACGUGCCGGCAGGAUCCGUUCCGCGGGCAGUGAUUUCACUAGUUGGCCUCCAGUGUCUCAGCUCUUGUAGGCCAUGCUGUAAUCCGCGGUAAACAAACUAGUAUUCAACCAACAGCAAUACUAAUUGAUCCUGAAUCACCCUAGAAAGCUAGGCAAGGCUGUGUUGCAGUCUGCCUCUGCCUGUAUGAGCCAUGUCAUGGGUGAAGAUGAAACUGGCCCAUGCCCGGUGCUUGUUUUCUGAUUGUACGGAUAUGGAGGGGACGAGGAGCCGCAACUCUUUUUGUCCACGUCCUGCCAUUGGCAUGGCUCCACUUCUCCAACUUCAGCUCGGUUCUGACUUGGAUCGUUUGGGGGCAUGCCCAAUGGUUCGGAUGAGUCGGUAGAUACUCCGCCGUGGGUAGAUACGCUAUCGGCCUUUAGAACAGCCGUCCUGCCGAGACCAUUUCUUUUGGAGUAGAAAGGGGGAGAAAUUGAACAAAAGAAAAGUAAUAACUAAAAACCAGAUGAAAAGGAAAGGUGCGAGAGGGGGGGGGGG